ACCGCGUACAGGUGUUAACCAAACUCACUGGGUUGUACUUUCACCUGAGGUGGAAGUUGUGGGUUUAACUGGAAAGGCAAAUUAGCAGGACUUAUACACUUAAUGGUUUGACCACUUUUCAACUAUUGUUUAAAAUCUACACAGACUGAAAGUGCUGGAACGGAUCUCACUUGAAUCAGAAUCCUGAGUCAAACAUUUGUGAGCGAAGAUGAAGGUUGCUGCAUUUAAUAUUCAGCGGUUUGGGAUGAGCAAAAUCUCCAAACCCAAAGUCACGUCAACAAUUAUCAGUAUUUUAUUGCGCUAUGACAUUACCCUGAUAAUGGAAGUCAUUGACAGGACAGAAGAAGCCACAACAAAGCUGAUGGAGGAGCUCAAUAGACAAGCUAAAAACCAUUACUCCUUUGUAUUAAGCAAGCCCCUGGGACGAAAGACUUACAAGGAGCAGUAUCUCUUUAUUUAUCGUGAUGAUAUUGUGGAAGUGGAAAGAAGUUUUCAAUACGAAGACAUGCAGCCGGGAGAUGAGGAUGCUUUCUCCAGGGAACCAUUCGUGAUUCAGUUCAAAUCUCGAACCACAGUUGUGAAGAACUUUGUGCUCAUUCCCCAACACACAUGCCCUGAAGAUUCAGUCAGGGAAAUCGACGAAUUAUAUGACGUCUUCCUGAAGAUCAAAAAGGAGUGGAAUGUUAAGAACUUUAUGAUACUUGGGGACUUUAAUGCUGAUGGAAGGUACGUGACGAAGCAGGAGAUGGAAACAAUCCGACUCAGAACCGACAGUAAUUUUCACUGGCUCAUUGGUGAUGAUGAGGACACCACCGCAAACGUAAAGACAGACCGGGCUUAUGACAGGAUUGUUGUUUACGGAGAUUGGUUUUAUAAGCAGGUUGUUCCAAAUUCCGCCAAGCCCUUCAACUUUCAGGAAGCACUGGAGCUGACUGAAGAGCAGGCUUUGGAAGUGAGUGAUCACUACCCUGUUGAGGUGGAACUCAAAAUUAAGAAAUGAAAGACAGAGUCAGUGGAGGUGACAGCAUCGCAAGAACAGAAACUGGGCAAUUUCUCGAAAAUGCCGAACCAAUUGUUGAAUCUUAACAAAAUUUGGUGUGUCUAUUGUGUUUCAGUAUCUAAAAAUCCAUACUUUUGUUAUCAGCUGCACUGGCAAAUACAAACAAUUUGACCUUUAUUAUUCUUACAGCAGAAAGCAGGUUCCCUCACUUUUAAUAAUAAAAGUAGCAACUCACACCAAGGACAGCAAGAUACAAAUGUUAUAUGCAUUUGAGCACUGAUGCCCCAGUGACCAUUUAGUGAAUGUUAUUACUAGUGACUGGCUACUGAAUACUGGCAACAAUUCCCUCACUUAGUUCCUGUCAUGGUAGGAUGAUGUGUUUUUCAGCUGUAAACAUAUUUAACAAUAUUCGCGUUCAAGUAAGGUCCUUGAUCUGAAAUGUUCCUCUCUCAAUAAAUGCUGUUUUGACUUAGAGUAUUUCGGCAUUUUCUGUACGUACUUCAGAUUUUUUGAACCUGCAGUACGCUGCCUUUGAGUUUUCCCUAGUUCUUGGCUAAUGUUUGAUCAACAUCACCAGAAAACCAGAUUAUUUGGCCAUUAUCAUAUUGUUGUAUGUGGGAGCUUACUGCAAAGUGCUUUAGGGUGGCAGGUAGUUUUAGAAGGAGCUGCAUUCACUGAAAAUUUUUUUCAAUGACAGAAACAGCAAAAUGCAUUGAGAUUCUUGAUGAACGUUUGUUUACUAGCAGCACUUGUUUUAGUACAUAGUAUGAGAGGCCUGUUGACAGUUCAACAGCCAAAUAACCCAACAUCUUUGGUGUGGUUAGUACUGCUGCUGGAUGUGAGUUUGCUCACUGA